CACUAAUGGGAAUGCUGAGAAGUUGAGAAAGGAGAUCCACAUUGAUGGUGAUAAGAUAAUUGAAGACAAUAGUGGUGAAGGAUGGAGGAUUUGUGUUGUAGCAUGGUCGCAUAUUCGCAUAGAACAUGCGAACUGGUUUCGGAUAGAAACCGAAAUGUGAUCCAGGAUCAAGUCAACCAGCCAACUACAUUGAUCAGGGAUGGAAUAUCCAUGUCAUACCGACUGAACAGAGAUGGGGAAAGAGACAAUAAAGGAUAGAGUGGACGAUCUUGAAACUUGAGUAGAUAUCUGGAGUAUUCCCGCUACAAGAAAACAUGCAUAUAGUAUCGGUUGUGUUGUGUCGAUUCAUUUAACCGACACUAAAAGUCUAUUUUAUGUCAGUAAUUUGUGUCGGUUAAGCAACAAACCCAAUUUUUCAUGUUUUUGUGUCGAGUAAAUUUAACAGACACUAUUUCUAGCGGAUUUGUGUCGCUUUUCAUUGUAACCGACACAAUUAUGAUGAUUUUGUGGUUUUGAAUUUUUCCAAAAUUUUGUCUCUUUAAAAUUUGACCAUUACCGCCCAAUUUCCCACUUCCUAAAUUGAAAAAUUUCCCCUUAAAAAAUUUCAAAUCCACUCCGUUUAUUCUUUCUUCUUCCUAUCCCUUAACCCACUCUCUUCCUUGCCCGUCAGGCUGUCAUCACUCACCAGCUCCCUUUCCCCUCUUCUUCUUCUUCUUUUCAAAAACUAAGGCGUCGUCGCUAGGCAUCCUUCAUCAAAACUGUUCGUCGCCAGAACCCCUUCCCCAAUCGAAACCGUUGUCUGCCAAGAAUAGUUGGUCGUCUGCAGUGAAUAGUCGAUGGUGAAGAUGUGGUCAAUUGAUUCACAUCUAAUUCAGGCUGAAGCUUAUGGUCUUCCCCAGUUCCCCUGUCGGCAGGAACAAAUCGGGGUUGCCGGAGUGGAGUGGUGGCGAAGUGGAAGGAGCGGUGGUGGUUUUUGCGUGAAGGGUUUGGGUCGGCGGAGAGGGGAUUUUUUGAUUUGGUGGCAGCAAAAUCCGGAGAACGAAGAAGAAGAAGAUGAAGAAGGUGCGCUCUUCGUCAACGACAACGACAAGUAUCAACGAUCUGGUUAUCUCCAUGAUUACUUUCCUCUUCGUCCCCAAGAAGAUGAAAGCCAAGAUCGGAGGCCUCUUCGUUGUCGUCCUCACCGUCUUUGCCGCCAUCGCAUAUUCGUCUCACUUUUUUCAAUUGAAGCAAAGUGGCAGGGCGGCACAAAGCCGGAGAUGAACUCCCGGCAGAGGAAACGUAGAUCUAGAGUUGAAAUUCGAUCUGUCAAAUGUUUCGAAGCAGGGGUAGCUUGAGGAAUUCGUGGUGUACGGUGAAAGGGCGGAGGAUUUUCUUUUCGGCUGAGGAUUUUUUAUUUUUAGGAUCUUUUAUAAAUAUAAAUUAAUUUUGUAUUAAAAAUAUGAUGUGUCAAUGACGUGGCAUCUACGUGGCUAUCACAUUUUUCCAAAUCAGCAAAAGUCAACAAUAGUUUGACUUCUGUCCGGUCAACCGUUAUAUUUAACGGUCAACUAAACCGUCAGGAUACAAAUGACACAAAAGUAUCAUACGACGGGAUAGAAAUGGAAUAUUGAAAAGAAUAGGACACAAGUGACAUUUUUUUCAUAGUUCGGGUGUUGCAGUGGAAUUGGCCCUUUUUAUUAAUAUUCAAACAUGUAAUUUUCUUUUUCAUUUUCUAGAAAACAACAUCUUUUUAUCUUGAAUUGACUCUAUAUAGCAGCAAUCGGAAUCAAACACAAUCCUCUUAUCUUGACCACACAUCUGACUAAUGGAUAAAAGGUUAUGUUUUAAUCCUUCCACAAGCAUUAUGUUUUUUACAAUAGGUCUGGAUCCUAUGUUUCCUUUACCUAGAGUGUAUGCAUGAUUGUUAUCCCCAAAGAAAACCUUACCUGACUUAAAGGUAGAGAAUAGCUUCAGGUUACAUGUCAUGUGGUGUGAGCAACCACUGUCCAACACCCACUCUGAAGUCUCCAUGCUCACUGGAAGACAUUUCUGCACAGGUAGCAGUCAAUUGGUUUUUGGAUACCUGAUUUUUUUGAAAAGUAUUCCUAUAAAAUCUACUAGUAUGACCUCUUCUGUGACAAGUAUAACAUACAAUUGAUAGCCUUCUUUUACAUGUCUUUAAGGUAUGCCCAAAUUUAUGGCAGUAGUUGCAUUCACUAGACUUGAAGGUGUUUAUCCCUGAAGUCCCUUCAUAUUGCUUCUGAGGUCUAGUUGUUCCCUUAUUGCAGUAGCAUAUUAAAGUUUCUUCCGAACUUCGUUUGUUUGCCACACAUUCUUUGAUAUGGUUUUCCAAUUCCUCAUUUUGACUUGCUAACGAAGUAAUAUAUGAGGUUAACUCAACAGGCUCUAAUCUAAGAUCUCCACACUCUUUUCUUAACUUAGUAUUUUCCAUGUCUAGAUUGUCUGAACUCCUUUUAAGAUCAUCAUACUCACUCUUUAGUUUAAGGUGAUUUUCCUUUAGUUGACAGUAUUUUGAUCUGACAUCUCUAAACUCUAAUUGGAUUUCCUUAACGCUUGUAGUUAAUUGAUCAUAAUCUCAAUAAUAAUCAUUUUCACUAUAUGUGAAGAAGUCUAGAGUCCUUACCUCAUUUAAGCAAUGUGUGUAUUCAGGUAUAUCAUCAAGAUCCAUAUAACUUUCUUCAUAUACUUCCUCCUCCUCAUCUUCUUCUUCCUGCACGUUCAUUUCUUAGCCGAGGACAUUCAACCUUGAUGUGUCCUGCUCUCCCGCACUUAAAAAACAUGCUGAGGUAGAAUUCUUUGCAGCUUGGAUUUGCUCAUUUCGAUUUAGGAAGGUAGCCUUGGAUUGUCCAAAUCUGGUUCCCCCUUCAUUCUCAGCAUCACAAUUUUUAUUCACAAAAGUUCCUCUCCUUUUUUUUCUCAACCGAAGUAACGUGCUUAUCUGUGUACUCGGCAAUGCGAGUUCUACAUCUUCCAUUUUGUCUAGAUCUUCUGUGUCAUCGUUCAAGGUUGUUGCCUUGAAAGAAUUCCACUUUUUCCCUUGUCUCCUGCCAUCUUCUCGCUAUUGUUUAUGCUCAGCUCAUCUUCAUGUGUUGCAAGUGACCCAAUGAAUUCAUCAAUGGGAA